UUUAUGCUACACACAAGAGUGAAUAUGUGGCAGAAUGUAGAGUUGUCGGUGGCUGUAGGCUCAGUGGAAGUGAGAGAGCCUGCAGAGGUCUUUAAUUAGCAGGUGGUAGGGGGUGAGGGCGGCCUUCCUCUUCAAAUGCUAUAUGAGUGUUUGAUUGUGGCCUCCUAUUAAAAAGUCUAUAUCGUUUUAGCUCUAAAUCUGGUGCAGUAAACAGAUUAUCAUGCUACAGUCUAUUGAAUUUUUGUAAAAUUAUGAACUAUAAAUCUUCUUGCAUGUUAUGAAAACUGGUAGAAAAUGGUUCUGAAUACUUACUAUUAUUCCCACCUUUUGUACACUCAUAAAUGUAUUUCUGCAAUAAAGGAUUAUAUUGAUGCCGUUUCUGAAGGCACAAAUUCUAAUUUCAGGCUGUCAUAACCUUAUAUACAUUCUUUGUUUAUAAUCAGGCUGUAUGAGUGUUACUGUUAGUGAGUGGACUGAUGGUCGGUGGGGCAGAAGAGUGGAGACCACAUACCGUUGUACGAAACCACACUAUAAGAUGGAGGAUGGCAUGGACAUAGAGGAACAUGAUCUGUUGAACAACCCUACUGUGAGGAGCGUGUUUCCAGAUCUUGCCGUUCUCAAACAAGAAAUUAUUGAUUUUGAUAUAAGUGAAGUUGCAGCACCAGAAACAUUGACAACGUCGCCGCAAGUAUCAAAGAGAAAUGAAAACAAAAAUCAACUACACAAUUUAACGGUCUACAGUGGGGAUCAUCCUACCGAGUGCUCCACUCAAGACCUGGAUGUGAAACCUGACCACCUGUGUACUGACAUGGAUGACACAAUAACUGUCAAGGGCAACAUUUUGACGGAAUUUCAUGAAAUUGAAACUAAAAUCAAGAAGGAAUCAGAGAAUGUACCAAAUGAAUUGCCAUUUUACAGAAACAGAAUUAUAUUCGGCAAGAUACAUGUAGACGAGUCUGAUGAAGAACGAGAAAUUGAUGCACCAGGUGACUGUAAUAAUGUUGUUAACAACAAAACAAACAAUGAUCAAGAUUUGGCAGGCUCAAUAUACACUGAUGUAAAUGGAAGCAUGAGGAUAACUAAACAGUAUUAUGAAAUGGAAAAAUGUUUUGGAGCGAAAAUUAUUCUUAAGAACUGUUAUACAACUCUAUUGAACCAUAACUGUUACUGUGCUCAGUGUGCAGUGUUGUUCCCCACCACUGAAGCGUAUAGUGAACAUUACACGAGCACACACACCGAGACCACUCACUCAACUAAAGCCUCGGUUUCUCUUGUAAAUCAUAAAAAAAUCAUAUACCCACGUGAGAAGGCAUUUGUGUGUGACACCUGUAAGAGAACAUUCAGCAAAAAAAAAUACUUGAUACAGCACAUGGUAAUUCACACUGGGGAAAAGCCCUUCCAGUGUGACAUUUGCACGAAAACAUUUAGACGAAGAAGGUAUUUGAAGAGCCACAACUUACGUCACACUGAAAAAAAACCAUUCCAGUGUGAAACUUGCAAGAAAACAUUCAGAUAUAUAUCGGCUUUACAACAACACAAAUUAAUUCACGCUGGGGAAAAGCCCUUUCAAUGUGACAUUUGCAAGAAAUCCUUCAAUCACAGAAGUGCUAUAAAAAGGCACAAGUUAAUUCACACUGGCGAAAAGCCAUUCCAAUGUGACAUUUGCACGAAAACAUUUUACCUAAGAUUUCAUUUGAAGAGCCACAAGUUAAUUCACACUGGAGAAAAACCAUUUCAGUGUGAAACUUGCAAGAAAACAUUCAUAUAUAUAUUGGCUUUAAAAAAACACAAAUUAAUUCACACUGGUCAAAAGCCAUUCCAGUGUGACAUUUGCUCGAAAACAUUUCAACAAAUAAGUCAUUUGAAGGGCCACAAGUUAAUUCACACUGGAGAAAAACCAUUUCAGUGUGAAACUUGCAAGAAAACAUUCAGAUAUAUAUCGGCUUUAAAACAACACAAAUUAAUACACACUGGUGAAAAGCCAUUCCAGUGUGACAUUUGCUCUAAAACAUUUAAACAAAUAAGUCAUUUGAAGGGCCACAAGUUAACUCACACUGGAGAAAAGCCAUACAUGUGCGGUAAUUGCAAAAAAUCGUUUAGGCACAUUAGUACUUUGAAAAGCCACGAAUUGAUCCACACGGGAGAAAAGCCGUUCCAGUGUGACAUUUGCACGAAAUCAUUUAACCAUAGAAGUAAUCAUAAGAGGCAUAUGUUAACUCACACUGAAGCAAAACCUUUCCCGUGUGAAACAUGCAAUAAAAACUUUAAACAAAUAUCGGAUUUAAAACGACACAACACACUGGCGAAACACCAUUCCAGUGUGACAUUUGCACGAAAACAUUUGUAACCGUAGAGGUAAUCUAAACAGGCACAAGUUACGUCACACUGCAGCACAGCCAUAUCAUACUGAUGAGUCGGAAUAAAUGUGAGAUCCGGGAAACAUAGUACAUGACACGGCGUGAAACAGCGGGAUGUCAGUGAGUGUCAGUGGGGCGCGCUGCGGGCGAGGGCUCGGCCUCCGCCUGUCCCCUCACUGCAGGCAGCGCCGGCGACGCACAGGCCGCGUUGUCGACACGCUCUCCUACACCCACAUACAAGCGACUCCACCUACACUAACCACCUCAGUUGCAAUUCUGACAUCGGCGCGGACGGUCGCUUUCUAGCGGCGCCGUCUGUAGCCGUCACGUGUGACUCACUACUGAGUGACCCGGCUGCUCAAGGACAGCGUCCUGUUGUACACCGAGAUGCCUGAAAUCCCGGCUCCAUUGGAAGCCUCGGAACAGUAUAAAAUGUCAUUAAUCGCUAGGUUAAAAAAUCUAAAUGGUUCUUUAUUUUUAAUAAACAUUAUUAUGGCAUAA